CCAAGGGGCAGGCGGUGUUUUGUAACCUGCGUCUUGCGCUGCGCCGCUCCGGGGCCCCGGCUAGGGCACAGGGACCGUGCCUACUGACCCACCCACUUCCCUAGCCCCAGCGCGGCUGGCUGGCGUCAUUCAGAGUAAACAGAGAUGGCAUUUGUGAAGAGUGGAUGGCUGCUUCGGCAAAGCACUAUUUUACGUCGUUGGAAGAAGAAUUGGUUUGACCUAUGGUCUGAUGGCCAUUUGCUAUUCUAUGACGAUCAGCAGCGGCAUGACAUAGAGGAUAAAGUCCACAUGCGAGUGCAGUGCAUCAACAUCAGAGUGGGAAACGAAUGCCGAGAUUUCCAGCCCCCAGAGGGGAAGCCAAGAGACUGUUUGCUGCAGAUUGUUUGUCGGGAUGGGAAAACAAUCAACCUCUGUGCAGAGAGUGCAGAUGACUGCUUGGCAUGGAAAAUUGCUCUCCAGGAUGCUAGAACAAAUGCGGGCUAUGUUGGUUCUGAAGUGAUGUACGAUGAGACUGCAAUUUCCUCCGCUCCUCCCCCAUACACAGCGUACGCUACCCCAUCACCUGAGGUUUAUGGCUACGAGCAGUACAAUGGUGCAUAUCCCCCUCCUGGUCCUCAAGUCAUCUAUGCCUCUAAUGGACAAGCCUAUGCUGUUCCUUAUCAGUAUCCGUACCAAGGACCUUAUGGCCAGCCCACUGCAAAUCAUGUCAUCAUUCGAGAACGUUACCGUGACAAUGAUGGAGACCUUGCACUGGGUAUGCUCGCUGGAGCAGCGACUGGAAUGGCCCUGGGAUCAUUGUUCUGGGUCUUCUAGAUUCCCUGGGAUCUUUGUCUUUGUAGCUCCAAAAAACCUUUAUUUAUUCUUCCUGUGCAAUAAUAUAUUUUGCAAAGUACUGUUUACUGUAAAGGUUUUUAAUAACACAAAUGCAGGAAUCCCUUUUUUUAGUAGUGACAUCUUAAUUAUAAUUAACCCACUUUUACCUAUCCCAAGGCGAAGGUUUAAAGGCACCAUUUAAUUGAAAUAUGGUUAAAGAUGCACUUGAGAAUUUCAAGAGAGCUUUUUUUAUGGAGCUUGGCUAUCUGACAGAUUUAUAUUCUGCCCAUUGAUCAGUGAUCAGCAUUAGUACCAAUGUACUAUUAUAAGCAAAGAGUUAAGGGCUGUCAUUUGUCACCAGUCUUAAGAAUAGACUGUUAACCAUUUGUUCUGGAGUCUUUAUGUUCUUUCUAAGCCUUGAAUGGUCUAGCAGCUGGACUAACUAACGCCAGCAUGUUACAGUGCAGUAGCCGCUAAGUGUAUUGAAGUCAUGUAUUCAGGGAAUUUAUGCUAUUGACUUCACAAAACACUCCUGAAGACAGAUACGCAGGAUUCUAUUAAUUGUCCCCCUAGGGCGAUCUCCACGUUUCAGUAGCUGGCACCGAAUUUUCGUAAAUAAAUGUGGAGGGUUAUUGCAAUACAUCUGCAGUGGAGUUAGCAUACCCACUUCCCAAACCCAUUUUACAAGAAAAAAUUCUCACCAAGGAGAUCGGUAAGAUGAGGAAACACUCCUUAAUUCCUUCUCUGCGAUAAGAAAUUUGAAUGAUUUCAGUACUUGUAAAGCGAGCAAAACGUCUAUUACCAAUACAAGCCUUUAACCUAGUCUGUAAGACUCUAAGCAGUUGGGUCUCGGACUUUAAUAGCAGGGUAAUGAUAUAGGAUGGGGAGAUUCUGGGAUCUGAGCAGGGGUGUUAUUUCCCCAUGCCCAGUCACAAAUACAUUGGUGGGGAAGGGGCUGUUGUGCGCAAGGUCCUGCACCUGCGCUCAGCUCUUGUCACUGCUCUUUGUACCAUGUCCAGAGAAGACCGCUGAUCAUAUCCAUCCUUGCAGUGCUGGACCUCGCAGUACCCAUAGGUGUGUGUUAAAAGGGUAAGCUGGAGUUGGUUUGAGGAGGGGACCAUGGAUGAAUAGGAAAAGGGGGAGCAGACAGAAAACAGAUUGAGAGAAAAGGAAAAUGGGAAAGAAACUCUAGUGGACCUUGUAUGCAGGCUAUGCCGUGUGUUUUAUGGUAUGGGCCAGUGUGUCACAGAUGAGCUGUAGAUCCGCUUUCCCUGUCAGUUACUUUACCAUCCCAUCAGUUCCCCAUAGCAAGGUCUUGCCUGGUGGUGGGUAUAUGGAUGCUGUGAUGUCUGGGGAGGUUGUGUGUAUAUAAAACCCAAUCCCUGACAGUGACCAUUAGCUCACCAUUAAAGGAAUUCUCUUCCUGUCACCCUUCCCAUUUAAGAAACCCCCAAGGAGCUGUUCCCGCCUUUGACUGGUUCACUACUGCUGAGUGGUUUCUCAUUCCUGACCAGUUGCAGAGUCCUGCUUUAUAAUACAAACUGAGCUGUGCUGGGCAUGGUGGAGGAACCAGUGAGCAGACAUGUACAUGCUUUCUUAUUGGGGAAAAGGUGUAGGGUGCCUAAGCUUUGAUCUUUGUAGAAAGUUGUCUUAUUUUUAUACUUCCGCUAUUUUUGAGCUUCCUAUAACGAUGCUGUCUUAAUAUUUUGAGGCUCUUGCCUCUUUAAGCUUUCAAUUGGAAGUUGAUUAAAAUCCUCAAGGUGUGGAAGCCAGCGUAUGUGAGGGGAAGAUGAAAGUAGAUGGGAUCUAGCAGCCAUAUUAGUUUUUGAUGAGAAGGAAUAAACUUGGCUUAACCUAAAGCUGUAUUGUCUGUCUGGGUUAUGCUGUACAACCAAUAUGGGACUCUUCAACACUUGGGAAAGUUUGGUUAACAGCCAGUGAGAGAGCAAAAUUUUUGUGACUGUGUUGGGGCCAACUGUAAUAAAUGGACACAUUUUAAAAUCCACUGAAAAUUAAUGUUCUAAUGAGACUGAUAUUACCUUGGACGUAUUGCUAAUUAUGGGCCUGAACCAAAGCCUACCGGACUCAGUGUCCUUCAGUGAACUUCAAGGGGCUUUGGAACAGACUGUAUUUUACUAAUUCUGCCCUUAUGCAUGUAAUGGCUCCUAGUGAACUCAACGGGCACAGCACAUGUUAAUCCAAGAAAGUGUGUUAUAAGAACGUGUUGUGCAGAAACAACACCUGGCAUUUCAAGAGGAAUAAGCCUAUUAAAAAGAAUGUUUCCCAGAAGGGAAACUGGACCAUGCACCAAUCCAAAAUAUUUGAAAUGAAUCACUGAAUUAUCUCUAAGAGCCCAGUCCUGCAGUGUGCUCAGUAUCUUGAUGUUCAUGACAGAUGAGGGUGCUAAGCUCUUCCCAGGAUCAGGCCGUAAAUGAAUAUUUGUUAAUAUUCCAAGACUUGAUGUUACCAUGGAACUGGUUGUAUCACAGUAGUACAGAACCCUAUUUGGAGCUCUCCAAUCUGACUAGCUGUAUAGAACACCCAUAGAUCACCUAUUCCUAUGCUAUUUUGUGUGUAACAUUAAGAAAAUAAAAACAGCUACAUAUAACCAA